CAAUCCUCACAUUCACACAAGCCCGAAGGGACAACCUCACAAUGGAACAACUCCUCCUCCCUCACUUACCAGACUCACACACCCUCCACAUCGCCCUGUACACCAACCUCCAAAAUGCCGAAUUUCUCCAUACACAACUCCUCCAAGGCAACACCUCUUUCGAAUACGCCUUCCUCGACGCUUCAGUCAUAAUCUCGCGAACUCACCUCCUCUCUGCUGCGUGGCGGGCAAUCAAUGACCAGCGAGCGGGGAGGUUGAAAACGAGAAACGUGCAUUCAGAAAUCGUCUUUGCUUUGUCGGGGAAUAAUAAUAUCGCCGAAUCCUUCCGCCGCCACGGCCUCACACCAGCAACAACCUCCCUCUUAGCGAUAAAGGUCGCUCCAUCAGAUCAGCAUUCCAGUAUUUCCACCCACUUAUCCGAGAAUAUUCAAGGCGACCUUCUGCACUUCACAGACGAGAAACUGGCUGGACUUCGAGACGACGCGCGGAUCAAGAAGAUCUAUCGCAUUCCGCAGGCUGUAGGCAAGGAUGCGAGUGGGCGGGAGAGCUGGAGGAAGGAAGUGGAAGGUGGGAUUGUGGGGAGCAUGGUGUUGAAGGGAUCUUGA